GAUGUUGGCUUAGGGGGAUCUGCCUGCAGGGUGGAAGCCCUUUCUCUCUGUGGUGUGGAGAGAGAUAGAAGCUCUCCCCCUCAUAAGAAACUUUACAUAUUGCUGAGAUGCCAGGCCAAAGUAGCAGUUCCAGAGCCUUUAUGUCCCCCAACAGAAAUAUGAAUAGGGAUUACUCCAUAGGCAACAGCCCCACUUUAAAAUAUGCUGUCCCAUUGUCCCCCAGAGCCUGCUUUAACUUGUCAGACCAUGUGUUCUGCUUGGUAUGGAAGCUGCAUUCACUGUGCCCAUAGGUGGCUAGACAAAUGCCCAACUGCUCCCUGAAGCAGCUUCAUUACGCAGCCUUGACAGUCACCCCCAGCCCUCCCUCCUCUCACACUGAAACACCCAGACCCGGAGACAGCAUGACACACCUAGACACCUGCGUAAUGCCUAGCGCUCAGAUGUGUGCACACAAUACACAACACACAGCCACACACACACGGAUAGAUAAGUACGUUUAUAUACCCCCUUCUGUUACACAAAGAGCCCCGCCCACACACAUACCAUUCAGGUUGACAGCAUCACAUGGAUCCAACCACAAGCACCACUGACACCCCUUCCCACAAACACAUCGCUUUUUGAACCAUCUUUCCUUGGAUGAAGUUGAAGGGAAUGGUGGAGCAGCGAAAGUCAUCAGCUGCCCUUUCCCUCCUAUUUCCCAGCAGGUCUCUCAUCUCUGUUUCACACUUCACCUCUGGCCCCCUCUUCCUUCCUUGUGCUUGAAGAAUCCCUUCUUGCUGGGAAAUCCUCUGGUUUCUCAGCCUCCCUUUCCAUCUUUGGGAAAAUACCCACUUUCUGGUCCCCACCUUCUUCCUUUCUCAAAUGCAGGUCCCCACCAGAGGAAUACAAACAUAACAGGAAACCGGCCAGUGCCCCGUGUGGGCCUGAGUCUUGGGCAGGCAGUGGGCGUGGGAUAGCAGCUUCCUGAAUGCCCCCACCUCCCACCCCAUGGCCCUGCCCAGAACUGAUGGCCUUCAUUAGUCCAUGGCACUUAUCUUGGAACCACAGCCACUGACAGAACAGUCCCUGCCCUUCUCUGCCUGCCCGGCUCCCAGCAGUGCCAUGGGGAACUGCAUGCACGGGGGUGUCCACCUGGUGCCUGAGGAGAACCCUACUACGUUCGUGUUUGAAGGGGAUAUGUUGGAUGAGUUUAAUGAUUCCUAUGAACUGGAAUAUAACAACACCGACCUGGAAGCAGCUGCCCCCUGCCACUCCUGUAUCCUGCUUGAUGACUCCUCACUGCCCUUCUUCAUCCUCGCCAGCAUCCUGGGCAUCCUAGCUAGUGGAGCUUUCCUCUUCACACUUCUCAGACCUCUCUUCCACUGGCAGCUCUGCCCUGACCGGCCCAUCCUGGUACAGCUGGCUGUGGGCAGUGCCCUCUUCAGCAUUGUGGUGCCCAUUGUGGCACCAGGGCUAUCAGGAGUCUACAGCACCCACUUGUGCCACCUGGCCCACUUGGUCUGGUAUAGCUCAGCCUUUGCCCUGGCUCUGCUGAUAGGGUGCCGUGCCUGUCUGGGCCCCAAACUGAGUGCAAGCCAAGUCCCAUGCCUUACCUUGGGGCUCACUGUGGGUCUCUGGGGAGUAGCUACUCUACUGGGGCUGCCUGUCCUGGCCAAUGAUGUGCCCCAUGGACUCUGCGCCCUGACAUUCAGCCGGGGCCGAGGGGUUUUGCCAGCCAUACAUGCUGCAGCCUGUUUUUCCAUCUUUUUCUUGUUGCCACUGGGUUUGUUGGGAGCUAAGGGGCUAAAGAAGGCAUUGGGCAGGGGACCAUGUCCCUGGGUUGAUAUCCUGUGGGUCUGGUUCAUUUUCUGGUGGCCUCAUGGGCUGUUUCUGGGAUUAGACUUCCUGGUGAGGUCCAAGUCCUUGAAAUUGUCAACAUGUCUGGCCCAGCAGGCCCUGGACCUGCUGCUGGAACUGACAGAUGCCCUGGCAAUAUUGCACUGUGUGGCUACACCCCUCCUCCUAGCCCUGUUCUGCUACCAGGCCACUCGCACUGCCGCACCCUCCCUGCCUCUCUCAGCAAGAGAGUCUUCUCAUCUGGACACCAUUGGAGGCAAAUCCUUCCCACCUGUCAAGCUGAAUUAAACUCUAUGCUGCUUUUAUGAA